AUGCUCCAAAAUGUUUCCAUUUUAGUUUUUAUUGGCCAAAAUGCAUUCAAACUUACGAAGAAUGUUAGCAAUUGGUACAGAGUUCACACAAAGAUGUCAAAUUUUUCUUCAAAUUUCCAUUUUUGGAUAAUGCCUAUUUGUACCACUAAGGACAGUUUACAAAUUCCAUCUUCCGAUCAUUCAUGCAAGUACUUGAGAGAGAAAACGGAUCCUACUAGUUUUUCCAUUCAGUCUCAAAGCAUAAAAGAUCUAUUAAUUAAAAACAGUCGAGUUUCUGAAUGGAACCACCUUCAUGAGAUGGAAAAGGGGAAUACGGAAAGAAAUAAUUUAAGAAGGCAGAAAUUACAAACAUCAUUGCAAAAGUUAUCCUUUAAGUCAUCCAAUCGUUCAAAAAGUCGCAGACUUUCCAAAGUUCCCAAAACCGGUUUUGAAAUAAAAGAGAUACAAGUUUUGCAACAGUCGGCAUGCCCUUUGCACCUCAUUUUGAAAUUCCUCAGAUUUUCACUGAAGCCAUUGAUCUUACACUUCGCACCUCUCCAUCUGGCAUUUAUACCUGAAGGUCGGAGUGAUUCUGGCGCACUUUGUAAACAACAAAAUCUUCGCACGCAAAUGUACACUUAUUAUUUUCAACUCAGACAUAAAAUCUGCAACAUUAAAUGUGAUCAUAAAAGCGCAGUUCAUUCCCCAACAUAUGGUUACCAGGAUUUUCAACAAAUUUCCUGUCUGUUUGGUCAACUGCGCACAUAUCUUCCACAUUUACCUUCACAAAUCAAAUAG